UGCCGCGUCAGAGCGCGCAGACUCACCUCCCGGCUGUUUCGGAGCUUCGCUCUAUCCCUGCUUCAAACACAUAUUCCACAGGGAGAGAGAGAGAGCAAGACCUGUGAGGAGCGGAACGAACGACCAGAAAAAACGACAAAUGGCACUCAUGGCUGGGAUUUUGUUUACGGCGACCUCUGUGCUGCUUGGAAUUUCUACGUGUGUUUCUUCGGCACGGAUUUACCCCCCAAACGAAGUGACGUUACUGGACUCCAGAUCCGUAGCGGGGGAGUUGGGCUGGGUCGCCAACCCAACAGAAGGAGGGUGGGAGGAGGUGAGCAUCAUGGAUGAGAAGAACAUCCCCAUCAGGACGUACCAGGUGUGUAACGUGAUGGAACCCAACCAGAACAACUGGCUUAGAACGGACUGGAUCCCCCGGGUUGGCGCCCAGCGUGUCUACAUUGAAAUCAAGUUCACCCUGCGCGACUGUAACAGCCUCCCUGGUGUCAUGGGAACCUGCAAGGAGACCUUCAACCUUUACUACUACGAGUCCAACAACGACAAGGAGCGCUACAUCCGAGAGAACCAGUUUGGCAAGAUCGACACGGUGGCGGCCGACGAGAGCUUCACCCAGGUGGACAUCGGAGACCGCAUCAUGAAGUUGAAUACGGAGGUCAGGGAUGUGGGAGCCUUGACCCGGAAGGGUUUCUACCUGGCCUUCCAGGACGUGGGAGCCUGCAUCGCCCUGGUGUCUGUCAGGGUGUUCUAUAAGAAGUGUCCCCUGGCUGUGAGGAACCUGGCCCAGUUCCCUGACACCACCACCGGGGCUGACACCUCAUCACUGGUAGAAGUCCGAGGAUCCUGCGUAAAUGAUUCAGAGGAGCGUGACGUUCCCAAAAUGUACUGCGGGGCGGACGGAGAGUGGCUGGUGCCCAUCGGGAACUGCCUGUGUAACCCAGGAUUUGAGGAGAGAAACCUUGAAUGUCAGGCCUGUAAGAUUGGCUACUACCGUGCCCUGGCCACAGACGGGGCCUGCUCCAAGUGUCCUCUCCACAGCUACUCUGUCAGAGAGGGAUCCACAUCCUGUGCCUGUGACAAGGGCUACUUCCGCUCAGAGACUGACCCUGCAUCCAUGCCAUGCACCAGGCCCCCGACGGCCCCGCUCCACCUCAUCUCCAAUGUCAAUGAGACGUCGGUCAACUUGGAGUGGAGCGCUCCUCUCUCCUCUGGCGGACGCCAGGACCUCAGCUACAACGUGGUGUGUAAACGCUGUGGGCCCGAGGGGACACGGUGUCAGCCCUGUGGGAACGGGGUCCACUUUAGCCCCCAGCAGCUGAGCCUCAGGGCCACCAAGGUGUCUAUCAACGACCUGCAGGCUCAUACUAACUACACCUUUGAGAUCUGGGCUGUCAACGGGGUCUCCCAGCAGAGCCCUGGACCUGAGCAGGCCGUGUCGGUGACAGUCACUACCAACCAGGCCGCCCCGUCUCCCGUCAACUCCAUCCAGGCCAAGGACAUCACCAGACACACCAUCUCCCUGGCCUGGCAGCAGCCUGAGAAAGCCAACGGGGUCAUCCUGGAGUACGAAGUCAAAUACUACGAGAAGGACCAGAAUGAGAGGAGUUAUCGCAUCAUCAAGACGUCAUCUAGGAACACUGACAUCAAAGGCCUGACCCCUCUGACUUCCUACGUGUUCCACGUGCGCGCUCGCACCGCCGCCGGCUAUGGAGAGUUCAGCGCUCCCUUCGAGUUCAUGACCAACUCCGUUCCAGCUCCUAUCAUCGGAGAUGGGACUAACUCCACAGUGUUGCUGGUAUCUGUGGUGGGCAGUGUUGUUCUCCUCCUCAUCCUCAUCAGUGCCUUCGUCAUCAGCAGGAGAAGGAGUAAGUACAGUAAGGCCAAGCAGGAUGCUGAUGAAGAGAAACACCUACACCAAGGAGUGAGGAUAUACAUAGACCCCUUCACCUACGAGGACCCCAACCAGGCUGUCCGAGAGUUUGCCAAGGAGAUCGACGUUUCCUGUAUCAAGAUUGAGAAAGUCAUUGGCAUCGGUGAGUUUGGGGAGGUGUGCAGUGGUCGUCUGAAGAUGCCAGGAAAGAGGGAGAUCUGUGUCGCCAUUAAGACCCUGAAGGCGGGAUACACAGACAAGCAGAGGCGGGACUUCCUGUCUGAGGCCAGCAUCAUGGGCCAAUUUGACCAUCCGAACAUCAUUCACCUGGAGGGAGUGGUCACCAAGUGUAAGUAGGCUCCUGAUUGGAGA